GUUGCGGGCAAUUAUUGCACGGGCUGGUGGGCGGGUGUCUGUGUCUUGUCUCGUUCUCCUUGCAUCCAGAAUGCAGAUUCGCAAGGUCCCAAAUUAUUUUUUUUGGGCACCCUCGCCGUUGCUGUGAGAUCGGCAUCUUUUUUCCCACCUCAUCCUCCUCUUCCCUCACGUCGCUCCCAAUUCCCAAACACUUCAUUCAAUACAUUCCUUCCCGAGACCGUUGUUGCUGGGACCGCUCUGCUACAAUACCACACAAUCUGCUUCUGCUUGCUUCUGCUCACUCCAAAUCUCACUCGCUCGCUCGCCCACCCGGUCGCCGUGACCAGCACAAACCCUGCUAUCUCGGCUGCAUCAGGCGUUACCUAAACACACAGGGAAACGAAAGUUUAUCUGUACAUCCUAACUGUACAUUCCAAGGUCCUCUAGGUAGCAGCCGCUUGGGUCCCCCCAACUCGUCUCAAACGGUGUCCGUCUCGAGCCCACAAAGCCGCUCUAGCUCCCAGGGCUCUCCUCAGCUCCCUCCAGCUCUGGGCUGCCUCUCUCUCACGGCCUGUCUGCCUGUCUAUCUGUCUACCUAAUCCAGGUGACUACUAUCUCCGCUUCUGUCGCCUUCUAUUCCUCCUAAGCCGCGUGUCGAUAGCCUGGCGGUAGCGCUUAUUCUCGAGCCCACCCCCUCCUAAAUCCGUCUCUUUUCCAAGUCCCAGGCAUCCGAUCCCUCUCUCACCUUUGUUCCGUGAGCCGGGUUUUGGAGAGAAGCAAGCUCGGCAGACCAGGAGGUACCCUUUCUUGGAGGCACUGUAUUCCUGUCACCUGGACACUUUUUUGUACCAAGCCACACGUCGUUCCGAACCAGCACCGACCAGGCAGGGGGAAAAAAAGGGAUCGCCAAAAACAAAAAUUCCCAGCACCGCACCUUCUGACCUGCCUUGACUUUUUCCCCGAUCCGCGACCGAUUUGUUACCCACCACGCUGAGCUGUCUUCAACUCCCCAAAAAAUAUUCGCGCAGCCACACGCACGCCACCGCCCAGCAACAACAUAUCACUCCAGGACACGACGGAUCAAUUGACCACCUGUUGUUUCUGAUUGCCCGAGCAAGAGGUGUCUUGGACUUUGUGACAAAGGGAUCGUACCUUUUUAUGUGGCAUUCUCGGGCCUGAGAUCGGCAACAUCGGCAAUGGCCUCCUCCAAGGACAUCGUACAAACCUCGAGACCAUUGACUCACCGGCCGUCGCUCUCCUCUAACUCUCUCACGGGAAUCAAUUCUACACGACAGUCACACUCUCGCACGAACUCGCACACAGUCAUCACGGGGCCUCUCAACAACGCUCACCGCGUAGCACGCCGCAAGAGUGUCACAAACAGCACCGCAAACAUUGUCGCUGCUGCGGCUGCCGCCGCCGCAAUCGGGGACAUGAACAGCAAGGUCACGUCCGUGCCUAUCACAAUCGGUGUCCGGCGGAUGUCAAAGUCCGGGGCCGGCGGCAUGGUCUCACCACCUGCCAGCAUGCCCGCGCACAAAUUCAUGAACGCCGAGGUCAAGCCGGAACACCAGGACAGCGCCAUUGAUGACCAGGAGAACACGUCGCCCGAGGAGGGUGACGCCUUGCAGAAAGAUCGCGUUCGGAGGGCCAGCGACGGCCAGCCCCAGGCCAAGGAAGGAGGCCGGAGGUUCAACCGACCUGAACUCCGCUGCGAACACUGCGGGAAGGGAUACAAGCAUAGCAGUUGCCUGACCAAGCAUUUGUGGGAACACACGCCGGAAUGGUCUUACACUUCCAAGCUCCUCAUAUCCAAGCACCAACAGGUUCAGCUCCUGGAAGCUGCCUCUGUUCUUGUUGCUAUGAAUGACCAGCCGCCCAGCCCUCCGGACUCUGCGCGUGAGACAUCGCCGUCCGUGUCGGGUGGGUCGUCUGAGCAGGUGGACGGCCGCAGCUCUGUAAAUACCACGCCGCCACCCCACAUGGAGGGCCUGAGCUCCAUGGAUGCCGUCAACUAUCAGUUCUCCCCCACCUCGCCGUUCGGCGGGGACAACUUCCGAAGCGGGAUCUCUCGGUCGCUAUAUGCCGCCGCCCCAUCGGAAAGCUCGUAUGCCACGAGCGUGCCAUUUGGCUCGGGAUUCGGCCACCAGUACCUGGAGCCGAGUCCUCCGCCUUCUGGCCUGAGCGUCUCUGGCGACGCCAACAACCUGGCCAGCAGGGUUGCCAUGUUGAGCUGCAGCUAUAACAGCAACAGUGGCUCCCACUCAGGCCAGAUGCAUGACGGCGUGCCCGCGGUCCCUCCUAUCCCGGCCCACUUCCUCGGGCAGGAUUCCCUCGGGCAAUCGCCAUUCCUCAGCAGCUUCCCCAACCAGGCGCCAGAAAGCUUCACCCGCGGUGACAGGCGCCGGGGGAGUGGGGAUGUCAAGAUGGAGUACGGCGACAAUGAUGACGAUGCUCGGUCCCGGGCCCGCAGCGACGAGUAUGAUGUUAACGACGGCUUCUUCGGGCGCAUGGAGGAGUAACCUUCUGCCGGAAUUUCCAAGUCUUCUUCGUUCGCAUUUGAUUUGCCACGGCCUGCUGUUCGGGAACCACCUGGGAUGGAGUAGGGCCGGUGAGGCGUUCUGGCGGGUAUUGUUGUCGUUGUCGUUCUCCUAUGUGUAUUCACCUAUAUAAGCAAUAGUCGCGGACGCUUCGCUCCGCCGCGGCGGCCCACAGCACCGAAGAGUUGGGAGACCUCACUGGCGACUCGGUCAACGAGUCACCAGGAGGCAGAACCCAACGAGGUUAAAGUGAGGGCCAGCCUGUGAGAGCGUCGAGCGGAGGUCCCUUGUCAGUAACAAACAAAUGGAAGAGCCCAUUGCCAAGCAACCCGGCCUCGUAUCGAUAUGAUUGAUGUGCCGUCAUGGAUCAUUGAUAUGUGAUAAGAUGCUGCAGAAGCGUGAUCAACAUGAAUAGCAACAACGGAGAGUGAAGAGGCCGCUGUGCAGGACUUGCAGCCUCAUUUUCCCACCAGAGCUCACGGAAUACUGUGGGAAAAGGCAGGCGGCGAAGGUAACAGUGAGGAAGAAGGGAAGAAGAAGGGUGCAGAAUGGCGAGGGAGAAUUCAGGGUCCUUUUGCAGAAUCUUCGCCCUGCAAUUCUCCGCGUUAUGGAACCUUUCCGUUUUGAUGAGCUGUGGAUACUUCGUGAGCUCAAGUCAUGCGCACCGCGACAAACGGCGAGUGCCUGCCGCCACAAUGCCCAGACAACGGUACCAAGACCAAGAAUCAAUCAAUUGCCGAUUCUCUGAGAGGUCGGUGAAAGUAUAAUGACGUGAAGAUGGCAGAAUGUACUGAUUUGCUGGAUUGAUCAGAGAUCUGAGGAUGCAGGUUGGUAUGAGCACUGAUGAAAAAUGCAGGGAGAGGGCAGAAUCCGUCUGGCAGUUUAGCGGCAGCA